AUGUACGCUGUCUCGUCCACAACGCGCGCCGCGCGGCAGCAGCUCCGAGCGGCAGCCUCCAAGGCUCGCAUGUCAUCAAGCUGCAGUAUCCCGUCCUCUGUCCCGCUGUCUGUGCUGGACCCUGAAGGAAGUCCCACGAUUGACGAAACGUACGCGAAGAUGGAGAAGAACCUCCACACAGUGCGCAAGACCAUGAGUGACAAGCCCCUGACGCUUGCGGAGAAGAUCAUUUACGGCCACUUGGAUGACGCGACCGUGAAAGCCACGCGUGGGGAGACGUACCUGAAGCUGCGUCCUGACCGCGUGGCCAUGCAGGAUGCCACGGCCCAGAUGGCCGUGCUGCAGUUUAUCUCGUCGGGUCUGCCGAAGACAGCGGUGCCAACGACGAUCCACUGUGAUCACUUGAUUACGGCCGAGAAGGGCUCGGACAAGGACUUGAGCAAUGCCAAGAUUAUCAACAAGGAGGUCUAUGACUUCUUGUCGUCAGCUGGGGCCAAGUUUGGCAUGGGGUUCUGGAAACCUGGUAGUGGCAUCAUCCACCAGAUUGUCCUCGAGAACUACGCCUUUCCUGGCGGUCUCAUGAUUGGCACUGACUCGCACACACCGAAUGCGGGUGGUCUAGGCAUGUGUGCUGUUGGUGUUGGCGGUGCUGAUGCGGUCGAUGUCAUGGCUGGGAUGGCCUGGGAACUCAAGGCACCCAAGGUUAUUGGCGUCAACCUUACUGGCAAGCUCUCGGGUUGGACGUCACCGAAGGACGUGAUCCUCAAGGUGGCUCACAUGCUGACUGUCAAAGGCGGAACUGGAGCCAUUGUAGAGUACUUUGGCCCCGGUGUGGAGUCCAUUUCGUGCACGGGUAUGGGCACGAUCUGUAACAUGGGCGCUGAGAUUGGUGCCACGUGCUCAACGUUCCCGUACACCGAGCGUAUGGGUGACUAUCUACGCUCUACAAAGCGUAGCGGCAUUGCCUCGGCAGCCGAGUCGUUCCAAGCCAACCUACGAGCUGAUGAGGGAGCCCACUACGAUCAGAUUCUUGAGAUCAACCUCGAUGAGCUGAAGCCGAUGCUGAAUGGUCCGUUUACGCCUGAUCUCGGUCACGUUGCUGGUGCGGACAUGAAGGUAGCUAGCGAGAAGAACGGGUGGCCGACGGAGCUGAGCGCUGGUCUAAUCGGGUCGUGCACGAACUCCAGCUACGAAGACAUGACCCGCUGCGCCGAUUUGACGAAGCAGGCCAAGGAGGCGGGGUUGAAGUUUAAGAUACCGUACUACGUAACACCCGGUUCUGAGCAAGUGCGCGCCACCAUUGCUCGUGACGGCAUCCUUGACACGUUCCUCGAAUCCGGUGCCACUGUCCUCGCUAAUGCUUGUGGUCCGUGCAUUGGCCAGUGGAACCGUACUGACGUAGCUAUGGGUGAGAAGAACUCGAUAUUCACGUCGUACAACCGCAACUUUGCCAAGCGUGCGGAUGGUAACCCGGCGACGCACAGCUUCGUGACAUCCCCCGAGUUGGUGACAGUUAGCUCCAUUGCGGGUGUUACCACGUUUGACCCUGCGAAAGACACGAUCAAGACCCCGGACGGAAAGGACUUCAAGUUUUCUGCUCCAUUUGGCAAGGAGCUCCCGCCGCUCGGCUUCGAUCCCGGUGAGGAGACGUUCCUGGCCCCACCUGCGAGCGGUGAGGGUCUGACGGUGAAUGUUGAUCCGAAUAGCGAACGCCUGGCCCUGCUGUCUGCGUUUGAUGAGUGGAACGGUGAGGACCUGGUGGAUAUGCCGGUGCUGAUCAAGGCAAAGGGCAAGUGCACCACCGACCACAUCAGUAUGGCUGGCCCAUGGCUGAAGUACCGUGGCCACCUGGACAACAUUUCGAACAACAUGCUGAUCGGUGCUGUCAAUGCGGAGACCGGUGAGACGAACAAUGUAAAGAAUCAGCUGACGGGCACGUUCGACAAGGUACCCGCUGUUGCUCGCCAGUACAAGGCCAGUGGCUGCAAGUGGGUCGUGAUUGGUGACGAGAACUACGGCGAGGGUAGUUCUCGCGAGCACGCCGCUCUGGAACCGCGCCACCUUGGUGGCAGUGCUGUGAUCGUGAAGUCGUUUGCGCGUAUUCACGAGACCAACCUGAAGAAGCAAGGUAUGCUGCCGCUGACGUUUGCGAACCCGGCAGAUUACGACAAGAUCACGGGCAACGACAAGGUGGCCAUUUUGGGCUUGAAGGAUUUCGCGCCAGGCAAGCCGCUAACGCUGCGUGUGACCCCUGCCUCCGGUGAAGCUCCCUUUGACAUCACGGUCAACCACACGUUCAACGAGGAGCAGAUUGAGUGGUUCAAGCACGGGAGUGCGUUGAACCUGAUGAAGAAGAACAACGCUUGA